AUGCUGAGAUUGCUUCGAAGAAAACGAAGAGACCUUGCUGGAGAGUGGUAUGAAUUCGCCAUUACGAAGAACCCAUAUCAGCUCCUCAACAAGUGUGUCCGCAACGAAAUAUCCUUCGAUGGUAAAGUGUUUACUGCGGCGGCACAUGGCGUUACUGCUGACGGCAGCUUACUGAAGCGAAAUGGGAAGGUGUAUCCUAAUCCCUUCGGUGAACCCCAUCUCACCUUGGACUUUGAGAACUCGUUUGCUGCCCCUUUUGUCUUCCUGGACACGGACUACACCAACUUCGCCUGCAUGUACUCCUGCGUCGACUUCGGCCAAAGUUAUUACACCGACUUUGCCUUCAUCUACUCCCGCUCCCCCAGCCUGGCAGACAAGUUCGUGAAGCGGUGUGAAGCUGCCUUCAAGAAGAUAAAUUUUGACACUUCCCGCUUCAUCAAAACUCCCCAAGGAUCAUCUUGCAAUUAUGAUGUACAGAAAACUCUUUGA